GGCUCACAUCCUGCGCUUCACCCCGCACCGGCCUCCCCCUGCUGCCUUUUCCCACCUGCGCUCCCGCCCCAUACUCUGAUUGAUAGCAACACCCUCCACCCCCCAGUUACCCUCCUUUUCCCAUCUACUCUAGCUUUCAUCCUGUCCCCUUAUUACCCCUCCCCCGCCAAGUUCAUUCAUUCAUUCAUUCAUUCUGUAUCUACCCUUCACCCCGACCUCCCCACUUCUUUUUCUCCUAUCUCUCCUUCCAUCCUCUCCCGACUUCGGCUUCCUCUCUGCAAUUUGCGGGGUGGUUUAACCAGUUCAUGGGAGUGUAAGGCCUGGACAGUGCCCUAGUGUUCGGGAUCGAGCUCGGCUAGUUAGGAGGAGGAAGAUGUCUCUGCUUAAGUGGUUGCUGCGGGUCUCCAAUCGCUCUUUGCUCGCCUUCAUCUUCUUCUUCUCCCUCUCGUCGUCUUGUCUGUACUUCAUCUAUGUGGCCCCAGGGAUCGUCAACACCUAUCUCUUUAUGGUACAAGCCCGAGGUAUAAUGUUGAAAGAAAAUGUGAAAACAAUAGGACAAAUGAUCAGACUAUACACAAAUAAAAAUGCUACUCUCAAUGGUACAGAUUACCCUGAAGGCAAUAAUUCAAGUGAUUAUCUUGCUCAAACAACAAUGUAUCUUCCAGAAAACUUCACAUAUUCUCCUUACCAUCCAUGCCCAGAAAAGCUGCCUUACAUGAGGGGCCUUAUCAAUGUCAAUAUGAGUGAAAUCAGUUUAGAUGAAAUUCAACAAGUAUUCUCUAAGGAUUUAGCUAUUGGUCCAGGUGGUCAUUGGAGGCCCAAAGACUGCAAACCCCGAUGGAAGGUGGCAAUUCUCAUUCCUUUUCGUAAUCGCCAUGAGCAUCUUCCAAUUUUUUUCUUGCACCUGAUACCAAUGCUACAGAAACAACGAUUGGAAUUUGCCUUUUAUGUCAUUGAACAGACUGGCACCCAACCUUUUAAUCGUGCAAUGCUCUUUAAUGUUGGAUUUAAAGAAGCUAUGAAAGACGUGAUGUGGGAUUGUAUAAUUUUUCACGAUGUGGAUCAUUUACCAGAAAAUGACCGAAACUAUUAUGGGUGUGGAGAAAUGCCACGUCAUUUUGCAGCAAAGCUGGACAAAUACAUGUACAUUCUUCCAUAUAAUGAGUUUUUUGGUGGUGUGAGUGGACUGACAGUGGAACAGUUUAAAAAAAUCAAUGGAUUUCCUAAUGCCUUCUGGGGAUGGGGAGGAGAAGAUGAUGAUCUCUGGAAUAGAGUUCAUUAUGCUGGAUAUAAUGUGACAAGACCUGAGGGAGACUUAGGAAAAUACAAGUCCAUUCCUCAUCAUCAUCGAGGGGAAGUCCAGUUUUUAGGACGAUAUAAGUUGCUACGGUAUUCAAGAGAGCGUCAGUAUAUUGAUGGAUUGAACAAUUUAAUAUAUACUCCUAAAAUACUGAUCAGUAGGCUGUAUAAAAACAUUACUGUAAACCUCACUCCAGAUUUAGCUCCUGUUCAAGACUAUUGAAAGAAAUGGAUCUUAUUGCAAGACCAACUGUACUACUGGACUAGAAGCUUGGUGUGCACUGGUGGGAAAUAUUUAUAGGAGCUUUUUGGCUAUUGAGAGACGUGUGAAAAAAAAGUAUGACAGUGCACUGUAUGCCGAAAAGAAGUGCCAGCAGCCAAUACUCAAUGUUUACAGCAUGGAACUAUUAACAGUCAAGCCUUCUUUCACUAUAUUCUCUGUGUUAAGAAACCACUCAGCUAUAUACAUGGAUAGCACUGCAGAAAACAGAUACCAUUGCUUAGGAGUGAGAGCUCUCUUCUACCAGAAAAAAAAUUUUAUACUAAAAACUAUGAUUUUAAUUUAAGUGAAUGCUUUAUUUCCUUUUAAAAUGUUUUGUAAAUAUAUGUGAUGUAAAUUUAUGUGGUCAGGUAGCUUUUAAAUAUGAUAAUGUGUUGAAAUUCUGCAUGCCCUUAUUUGUUUUUUUGUAGGAUUUUAAAAAAAAUUUGCAUGGAAGAACCGAUGUAAAUUUGUUACCAAACAGAGGUUAACCCUUGUGUGAAAUGAAGGAACUGUCAAUAAUUGAUGGCCAGCUAUGAUAGUAAACUGUUAUACUAGUUUUGAGCUUUAGGCCUCCAACCUUUUUUCUUAGAUAGAUUCAUAGCUUUCAUCAGAUGUUAAUGGUAAAGGGAAAGAAUGAAGUAGUUCCCUUCCUGCUAGGUUUAUGUAAUUUCCUUGCUCACUUUCACAUCUAGUUUUGCUAAAUCACAACUAUAUUGUUUAUGCAUAUUGCAUGUAUAACACCAAGAAAAUCUUAGAAGUUCUUAUAUAUCAUUAUAUAAAGGACCUCUUAUUUUAAGCGUCUUCACAUGUGCCACUAGUGUUAGUGUCAGGGAUUCUGUGCCUAAAACAAUGUUCUCAAGUUCCUGGGUGUUUGUACACCGUAGUAUUUUUUUUUAUUAUUACUAGCGAACAGCACUUUUAUUCUUCCCAAAUCAAAAGAGCCAAAAAAGUCUUCAUUUCAAAGAAAAACCACCAUCCACUAUAGUUUUUUGUUGUUGUUGUUGUUUCUAAAGAAUGAAUUAUGGGAAACCUUGCAGUGCUUGUGUUAUGCUAAUCAGUUUGGGGGUUUAAAUAAAGAAUUAAAUUUUCUAUUUUGUGGAGAUAAAUAUUAGAAGGAACUAUCAUAUUUUUAAAGUUUGAUUCAUUCAACAUUUUAUAUAUUCAGAAAAUUAUAGUUGGAAAGGGACCUAAGAGAUCAUUUAAUCCAACUUCCCCAUCUUACAGAUGAGGACACUGAGGUGGAGAUGAAUUGACUUGCCCAAGAUCAUAUAGCUAAGGGUAGAAUCAGGAUGAGAAUCCUGGUCUCCUGACUGUUGGUCCAGUCCUCAUGUUAUCAUACCAUACUGCCUCUUCUGUAUCACUCACUUUAAGGAUCACUCAUAUGGUAUUACUGAUUACAUUUGCCAACAAAAAGCAUUCACGGAUGGAACCCUGUUAUAAAAGAAGUUGUGAGGAAAUUGACUUAGAGAUGAGUCAAAUUAUGUCAUUCUCCCUCUCCCCCAUGACUACAUUUAGAAAAUGCCUAAUAUAAAACAGUUCAUAAGUAGGUGUUAGUCAAGUCUCUAACACUAGGGUAAUAAAAAGGUUGUACUUUAUUUAGAAACAUGAUGUAUUUAAUUUAAAUUUUAAGUGAACUUUUCAAUGUGGAAGCAAAUUAUGCCAACAUGCUACCUUUUUUUGAUAGCUGUCAAUCAUAGUCAUUUAGUAUUUCUUGAACCAAAGAUUUUGUUUAAUCCCCAAAUGUUAUGAUGAAUGUCAAACAAAAUGGGUAGUUGCAGAAUUAGAAAACACGCAACCUUAUUUACACCUGAACAUUUGCUUCAUGGAUUCCUCUGAAAAGAUCUAUAGUUGGGUCAUCUCAGAUUGUGAGCAUAACUUUAAAGUAGUUUUUGCUCUGGCAACCUUGACAGAACAAAGGAUCAUAACCCAGGUCUUCUAAAUCAUAAAGCUGCCUGUAACUUUGAAAAAACAGAAAGUUGGCAUAAAGUUAGGAGAUGAGAUAAAUUUAUUUCUGUUACGUUGCUUGGAAAUGUUUUUUAUUUUUUAAUAUAUUUUGUUUUCACUUUCUUCUGUGGCAUAAAUGUCAGCCAAACUUUUUAAAACAGUUGUUUAAAGUGCUUUGAGAAUUUUAUUCUCUGGCCAUUUUUCUCUUAUAUCAAAUAUAUUUUCUUCUAUGAAAUGAAAGAAGCUGUAAUGGAAAAAUAUCAAGACCUACAAUGCACUAAGUUUUUUGUUUUUGUUUUUGUUUUGGGAACAAAGUAAGCCUAAUUAGUAAAUACACUGACAGUGAGGGGAUGAGGCUGCAAAUGGAAAGAAGAAUCAAUGCAGGCUCCUAUUUCUCAUUAAAGAGACAUUUUUUUUAGAAUGUUCUAAGCAGGUACAAAUCUUAUAGGUUUUUUUUUUUAAUUUUUAAAAGUUGUGAGUUGCCCAUGUUCUGGUCUUUUCAUUUAAAUGUAUCUGCUGCAAUAUUAAGAAAACAUAAUACUGGAAGUUGUCUGCCAUGUUUGUUUGGCCUAUGUAUGUUUUUUGACAUGACUCUUUUUUUCAGUUUUGAAACAAUAUUUGGAAACAUUCAGGUACACGUAGUUGGAAAUUGUAUGUACCUUUUUGUAAAAAGUCUAGAUAAUCAAUUUUAUAGUUAAACCAGUGAACAUGGAUGUGAUUCAAUAUUAGUGGAUCAAACCUUGCCCAGUUGCUUAAUUAUAGUUAAAAGACAUCCUAAUUUACUCCAGAGAAAUUAAAAUAGUAUAUAAAUGUACUCACGUACAUCAAUAUGUUCUUGAAACAGUCAAUUUUGCUUAGGCUUAAAUUAUGUUUGUCUUAUUAAAAGAAUAUAAAGGAUAUUGUUCAAUAGCUUAAAUAUUCCAAAUAUCAAUCCAGGAUUUAAAAAAAAACUACCUUGAGGGUAUGAUUUUAAAUUGUCCUUAGUGCCCACUACACUAUAGCAGGAAUUAACAUAGUGCCUUUUACAAAAAGGAAAUGUAAUGACUAGUGUGCAUACUUGUGAGCAAAGUUUUGUACACGUGGUCUGUCUGCUGCUGAGGUUCUUUUCUAAUUCACAAUUUAAGUAUAAAAUUCCAUCUUUUUCUGGUUUCUACACGUGACAGAAAUAGGAAAACAAACUCAUGCCAAAUAUAGGAUAUAAAGAACUUGGAAAAUCCAGUUUUCAAAUUCUAUUUCUUAUAUUUGGUGGGGUGGGGUGAUUAAUGAUUGUACCUUAUCCACUCAGUUUGCAUGGAAAAGUGAUUGCUUAUUGAAAGACUGUCUCUAUUACUCUCCUAGCCAAAUCACUGAUUUCCAUUUUGAACCAAAAUGGAAAAAAAAAUCAAUAGAACUUCCUCCCUUUUUGGGGAGGAUAUUCUGACAAGUGAAUGCAAAAUGUUUCUCAUUUUAUUUGACCUUUACGGUCUGCAUUAUAUUUCAUUUUUAUCUUUCUCAACCAAGGAAUAGAAUACUAGUCUUGUAACAGUGGAAUCAUGAGUAUGCUAGUGAAGAAAAAUAAAAAGGAUGCAAUGGUAUAUCAAGAGAAAGUGUACUUAAGACUUUUAUUUAUAAAGGUGUGAAAGGCUUUUACAAAAAUGCACUGAAUGCUGGGAACUUACCGUGUACUAUCAUGUUCUGAUUUUUAUUUUGCUCUUCAUGAAAAUGUUUGUACUUUUUUAUCAUUGUCUUUUAUGAAAUAUAAUGUUCUAAAGAUUCUGUGUGA